AUGCCUAGUGGACUAGAGGACACUAUUAUUAAAGUGAUGGGAGUCACUACUGCAGAAUAUGAUUUACUCUUCUCUGUCUCUGCCUGGCCUAAUGUAUUCCUUUGUUUGAUUGGUGGAAUAAUUAUUGAUAAGUUAGUAGGACUGAGGCUAGGACUGCUCGUUUUUGUCACUUCUGUACUAGUGGGUCAAACUAUAUGGGGAGUAGGAGGACUUAUUGAUAACUACUUUAUUAUGCUGGUUGGUAGGUUCUUCAUUGGAGCUGGUAAUGAAUUAACAGUUGUUAUAUGUCAUGCAUACAAAGCUCUUUGGUUCAAGGAAGACUUGCCAAUCGCCUUUUCCAUUGAUAUAGCAUUUGGCAGAAUUGGAGGAACACUAGCUCUAAUCUUCCCUCAAAUGAUAUACGAAAGUCUUACCACAACAUUUGUUUCACGCACUGUCAGACUGAGUGCUACUCUCUUCAUCACAGCUGCUGGGUGCAUCUUAGUUGGAGUGUCAUUCAGCAUAAUUGUUGUGAUUAUGGACUACAGGAGAGAAACAACAUCAAAGAAAACAAAGGAAAGACCAUGUAGUGGUUCCCGAUCUAUAACAUUAAAGAGUCUGAAGCAGUUUUCAUUUUCGCUCUGGCUGAUCCUUUUGUACAAUUUGACCGCCCUUCCCAUUUUGUAUGCAUUUGUCAGUAUUGCUCAGGAUUUUUACAUCAAGAAGUAUGGACUUUCUAUAGGAGCUGCCAAUACAGCCAAUAGUUUACAGUUUGGUGCUACAGUCAUACUCAUACCUAUAGUGGGUAUUCUUGUCAGUAAAACAGGUUAUUUCAUUUAUUGGCUAUUAUUCUCUAUUGUACCUUCUGUCCUAGCAUAUUUAAUCUUCAUGUUUAGCUAUGGGCAGAGUUUUAUUCCAUACGUAACAGGGAUUUUGAACUCUUUGUCAUACACCAUGACAGGACCAUCAUAUCCUGCAUUGUUAGCCAUGAUCAUUGAUAAAGAAUACAUUACUACUGUGUAUGGAAUCUCACAGGGAAGCUUUAAUACUUCAUUGGCUAUAAUGAUGUUUGUUACUGGUAUGAUUGUUGAUGAUUGUGGCUACUUCACAUUACAGGCAUGUUAUGUCGCAUUGACAAGCUUUGGGUCCAUUGCACUAUUCCUGGUCUUUUUAAUUGACAUCACAGUUUCAGAAAAGCCAAAAUUAAAUGUCCCUGGACCUUGGCUAACUUGUGAAAAUGAUGAAACAAGCAGUGAGCCAUUAUUCAAUCAGGCUCCACAGCAAGAAGCCUCAAAAGUAUAUUAA